AUGAGCCGAAGCAUUCCCGUGGAGGUUGAUGAAUCAGAGCCGUACCCAAGUUCGUUGCUGAACCCCAUCCCAGAGUAUUCCCUGCAAGAGGGAUCAGGACCCCUUGAUCCCAGCGUGAGGCACAUGGCACCCAACGGCUCGUCUGCGCCCCAAACCCCUCCCCGUUCCUCCGAAGACUGUUCUCAGGAUUCCCCUCUCCUGCAACUGGCAAACCGCCGGCGGCUGGUGUCCCGGCACAUGGCCUGCCUGCGCACCAAAGUCCUGGAGGAGAGUGAGGACAGCUUCUGGAGGAGACACGCGGACCGGGGCGGAGACCUGCCCUCGGACUCCUCUGCGGCCAGCGAGGCUGUGGUUGGUGCCUUCUCCCCAGAGCACCACCAGUUCUCGUUUAGGGAAAAGCGACAUCAAUGGCUGGGAUCUGCGCUCUCAGCAGCUUCUCCCGACACUGGCCACGGCUCAGGCAAAUCGGACCGACAGUCACCUAAUGCCUUAGCAGACUCCUCAGGCAGCAGCCAAGAGAUGGUGCAGCGGCCCCGGCCCUACAGGCACCGAGCGGCCCCAGACCUGCCCACCAUAGACACGGGGUACAAUUCCCAGCCCCAGGACGCCCUGGGCAUCAGGCAGCUGGAGAGGCCCCUGCCCCUCACUUCCAUGUGCGACCCCCAGGACCUCCCCAGGCCUCUCCGGUCCAGGGAGUACCGUCCGUGUGAACCUCAGAGGCACCCGGCGUGUGCACAGAUGCUGCCUCCCCACCUUUCCCCGCGUGCUCCGUGGAACCAUCCGCACCAGCGCCCGGGAGGGCCCGUUCACCAGGUGCCAUAUGGCCAGGACUACCCUCGAGUAGCCUACCAUCAAGUGAUCCAACCGGCUCUACCUGGGCAGCCCCUGCAGGGAGGCCCCCACCCUGUGCAGAAGAUCAUCCUGAACUAUCCCAGCCCCUGGGACCAAGAAGAGAGGCCCACACAAAGAGACGCUUCCUCCCCAGAACCCCCGAGAUAUCAGGACCAGCCUUAUAACCAGCCACCGAAACGAGCUGGAGCUGCUGAGGAGUCCUUGGAGUGUCCUGCCGAGUUGAGACCCCAGGGUCCCCAAGCUCCGUCUCCAGCUGCUGUCCCUAGACCCCCUAGUAACCCUCCAGCCAGAGGAACUCUGAAAAUAAGCAAUUUACCCGAAGAAUUACGGAAAGUGUUUAUCACUUAUUCUGUGGACUCGGCCAUGGAGGUGGUGAAAUUCGUGAACUUUCUGCUGGUCAAUGGCUUCCAAACUGCAAUUGACAUUUUUGAGGACAGAAUCCGCGGCAUUGAUAUCAUAAAGUGGAUGGAACGCUACCUUAGAGAUAAGACAGUGAUGAUAAUCGUAGCAAUCAGCCCCAAAUACAAACAGGAUGUGGAAGGCGCCGAGUCGCAGCUGGACGAGGAUGAGCACGGCUUACAUACUAAGUACAUCCACCGCAUGAUGCAGAUCGAGUUCAUAAAACAAGGAAGUAUGAAUUUCAGAUUCAUCCCUGUGCUCUUCCCAAAUGCUAAGAAGGAGCAUGUGCCCACCUGGCUACAGAACACUCACGUCUACAGCUGGCCCAAGAAUAAGAAAAACAUCCUGCUGCGGCUGCUCAGAGAGGAAGAGUACGUGGCUCCCCCCCGGGGGCCUCUGCCCACGCUGCAGGUGGUACCCUUGUGA